AACAAUCAGGAACAGAGAAUAAUACCAGUCCUAGUGGUUCCUCAAUGCAAAAUUAAACCAGCGUUUUCUAUAUAUUUCGUCCUCUUGCAAGCCCAUGCCUAUUAUUGCUGCGACGGGGAGAAAGCGUCGCAGAGUUCGAUUUCCAUCAACUAACCCCACGGUCCAGGUAGAGAAGCCUCAGCCUCAGAAAGCCCAAACCCAACCACCGGCGAGUAGCAGUUCUUCUCUCGGGUCCGGUUCAAGGUAUUAUCAAUCGCCAACAAGAGGCGUCAAAAUGGCGGACGCUACUAUUCAUGCUGCGAUCCCUCGUCUCUUCCAAGAGCCGCCUGUGAUCCGUGACACACUCAUCACCGAAACAAGCGAGCUGCAGGCUGAGACCAUCAACAAGUGCCUACCCUUUCUAGCAGGCGCUCACAGCAGUCAAAAGGGCCCUCUCAAUCGUCAUGGCGUGCCUUCUCUCAUGCGCGAUGUGCAUAUUGGCUAUCUGUGCGAUUCUCUAGAAGACUACCCCCCAGGGUUCGUUGCAAUGGAUGCCAGUCGGCCUUGGAUGAUUUAUUGGGCGCUAGCUGCUUUGAGUCUUCUCGGAGAAGACUUGAGCAGACACCGUGAACGUGCAAUCGCUACCAUUACACCAAUGCAGAACCCCACAGGCGGGUUUGGAGGCGGUCAUGGCCAAAUAUCGCAUUGUGCAUCAAGUUAUGCCGCAGUGCUCUCUUUAGCUAUGGUUGGGGGCGAAGAGGCAUUCAACCUCAUCGAUCGCCAAGCGAUGUGGAAAUGGCUGGGAAAGCUCAAGCAGCCAGAUGGCGGCAUCACAGUUUGUGAGGGUGGAGAAGAAGACGUGCGAGGCGCCUACUGCGCAAUGGUGAUUAUCUCGCUUCUCAACUUGCCACUUACUUUGCCCCCGGAGGCCAAAGCACGAGAGUAUGGGUUGGAGACGUUCACCGACGGCCUCUGGGAAUACCUGUCACGAUGCCAAACUUUUGAGGGUGGAAUCUCCGGGAGCCCAGGUUCAGAGGCGCAUGGCGCAUACGCAUUUUGUGCAUUGGCGUGUCUAUGCAUCCUCGGCGAACCUGAGGCGACUAUACCGAAGUGCAUGGAUGUCCAAAUGCUCCUUUCCUGGCUUUCUGCUCGACAGUACGCACCAGAGGGGGGAUUCGCCGGAAGAACCAAUAAGCUGGUCGAUGGAUGUUAUAGUCACUGGGUUGGUAGUUGCUGGCCGUUGAUCCAAUCUGCGCUGGACGGCGUUCAGGAUGCCGCUGGCCCUAAGCCUGCUGUUGGCAAUCUUUACAGCCGCGAGGGACUGACAAGAUAUAUCCUUGGCUGCUGUCAGUCGAAGAACGGAGGGCUCCGUGAUAAGCCCGGGAAACACCCAGACUCAUAUCAUACCUGCUACACUCUUACUGGCCUAAGCUCCGUUCAGCACUACCACUACCACACCAAUUCCAGCGUUGUUCCCAACGGACGUUUUUCGUCGGCGUUUUCAUGGAAAUAUCGGCCUGCUUGGGAUUCGGACGAGAAAGGGUACGAUGUUAAUGUCUUUGAUGAAAGUGACCGCCUGAAGGCUUUUCACCCUCUGUAUGUUAUUCCCCACAAGGCCGCAGAAAAUAUGCGUCUCUGGUUUGAACAGAAGCCUUGGGAAAAUGUUGGAGAAUGA